AUGACCACCGCUCCAGCUGCGACAGCCAAACCCUGGGGUCUGUGGAACGAAAUAUGGUUCCAAGGCAGGAAGACACUCCUAGUCGUGCUCGCGUUGUCCUUCGUACAGGGGGUACUCACCAACCUAGCGCGCCCGGUUCUUCUGAAGCUUGUUGUGGAUGCCUCCAUGGAUGAAGCGACGGAGACAAGCGAGUUGGUCAUCCUUCUGUUUGUUUUCGCCUUCAUUCUGGUCGCCGAGGGGAUUCUGAUCAUCCGUUUGCGGCAGCUGGUUUGCGCGGAUUUCGUUCGUGGUUUGCUUGCUUGGAUCAUUCCGGUUGUGCACUUGAAAGUGAUGCGAAGGACCCGUAACAGCGGAAAAAUAAAUAAAAGUCCUAGUCCUACAUCAACCGCAAAAAAACCGAAGCCCAACACGACUGCAACGGGCACCAACGAGCUGACACUGAUCGGCAACGACCUCCUGCGUGUGUGCGACGACUUGCGGAUCGGUGUUUACGGCUUUGCCGCCAGUCUGGUGGGAAUCGCCAGUGGACUGGUUGGCUUAGUCUACUUCGUGGGCGCGCCCGCGCUGGUUGGCGUCGGGUUCAUGGCGGGGUACAUCGUGUUCUCUACUUUCGUUUCGCGCGAAGUCAUGGCGCCGAUCAUCAAGAAAGAAACUGCGAUCGCGGACGGGCGGCUGGGAACGAUGCGCGAGAUGGUGUCGGGGAUCCAGCAGGUCAAAUACCUUACCUGGGAGGAAAACUACUUGCAGCUCCUGUUCGACAAACGGAAGCGCGAACUGCGGGAGAUUCUCCGGCACCGGGCCUACCAA